UAGCGCCUGGAUCGUGGAACACGAGUGGACCACUCGACACAGGACUGAAGGGAACAAGAAAUGAGAAAUGGAUCAUCAUGGCCAAUAUUGAAGUAUUCUCCAGAGAUGGCAAGAAUAACUAAGCGGAAAUGGCUUGAGUGAUGGAUUCGCCCCCUUUAUCAGGUGGACUGUCGUGGUCUCAGGGCUUCCCAUCUAGCGAUGACAGUGGCCUCCUCUUGAUGAGCGGAUUUAGUGGUUCUUCUAUUUCCAGUGAAGAGAGUGCACCCAGCAACUUGGCAAUGGAAGUUCAAGAGAGUGACGAGGAUGGAACAACGAUCCGCCAGAACAGCGAAGCCUUCAACGGGAUGAGCUGCGAGGACUUUGACACUCUGAAAAAAGUUCCAGAGUGGCAAUUGGAAAAGCCAGUCGCGCCUCCGCCCGAAUUCCAGGACGUCCCCUCGACCUGCUCAUUUGAUUAUCUGCUCAUAGAGAAAUACGCAAAAGCCUUGGUGAUUGAUGUGAUAAACGAAGCGUUGGCUGCCUCCAGUCAGAUCACCUGGGCCAUCGAGUGCUCUCAGGAAUGCCACCCAUCGUCGACGUCACUGCGCAGGCGGAAGGACAGCGGGCCCCGUCUGUGCUGGACGCCCGAGAUCCCGUUCAGUCCGUGCCACCACCGACCUGGCUCAGUGGGCUCGCUCGCCUCGUCCAGGCUCUCCAUCUCGCACAACUCACUCAGCAUCCCUCGCUGCAAGGCGGACGACUCGAGCUUCAUCACGCUGGCCAUGUCGCACGACCUGCUGCUCGGCGAGAUGAGCGAAAUCUACAAUGUGCCCAUCGAAAGUGAUAUCUACACUCUACCUGUGGACACGGUGCACCAGGAAAACGGUGAGCCGCGCAAGCAGAAGCGCAAGGUGCACCGCAAGAAAAGGCGCCACACAUCGAGCAGCUCGGAGACGGGCCACGGCGCCGCCACGAAUCGCCGCAGCCGGCGCAGCGGCCGAAACUCUGCCACCAGGGCCAGCGCUGAGACCCUUGAGUCGGGAAAGCGGCACUCGAUGCCGUCACGCAGGCCCGGCCCGUCCCACUCGACCAACGAGUGCUCUGCCAAGUCCAAGGAGCCGGUGCACAUGACUCUGCAGGAGGUGCGCCAGUACCUGCAGAAUCUCUACUCAAGCUCAAGCGAUUCGAUGGAGCGGCGCGCAGAGCAGCCGCGGUGCCGCGCCAGGCCCAGCUCUGAGCCCAAGAUGCCAGCGCCACCGCCGCCCAACCAGAGGAUGACGACGCCUAACAACCCGCAGAAGAAGACCACCUUCAUCAAUAGCAUCAAAAUGCGCAAGUCAAAGAGCAUUGAGGCGCGCGACGACAAGCCGGCGCGCAAGUGCAGCAGUUUCUCCAACAGCAUUAAACAGACCCUGUGCAGCAUAUUCAGGUUCCGCAAGGUGGCAGGUGGUGGUGGUGGCUGCUUGGAGGCGGAAAAGGUGGCCCCCAAGUCGGAGGAGAAGGUGAUUCUGGAGCCGCCCGUGCCGAGCGGCAUCACGCUCGAGAAUAUUUCCAUUAACUAUGGCGUGAGUGGCGAAAACGCGAGAGCGCCCUUUUCGCACCGAGCGUUACCACCCCUGCCACCCUCAACUCAGAAUAACAACAGUGAUUUUCCCACCCUGGAGGUCGACGAAGAUGAGAUUCAGUUGUUGCGCAUCAAGGAGGACGAAAGCAAGCCUCCUGAGCCUGGCGAAGAGAUCAACAUGGCAUUCGCUUCGAGCAUACAAAAAGUGAAAGAUUACGGCUGGUAUUGGGGCCCAAUAUCUGGAGAAGCAGCGGAAAAAGUACUGUCGACAGAGCCAGACGGGUCUUUCAUUGUGCGUGAUAGCAGUGACCAGCAUUACAUCUUUUCCUUGUCGUUUCGGUUAAACGGAAAUGUAAGACACGUCAGGAUAGAGCACGAUCAAGGAAACUUCAGUUUUGGUAGUUGUACCAAAUUUAAGAGUCACACCAUAGUAGAUUUCAUAGAAAACGCUGUGGAACAUUCACGAAGUGGGCGCUACUUGUUUUUCCUUCAUCGUCGUCCUGUUCUUGGACCCAUGCGGGUUCAGCUAUUGCAUCCCGUGUCACGUUUCAAGCAGGUCUCAAGUCUCAAACACAUGUGCCGGUUUGUCAUUCUAAAGAUGGUGAGAAAGGAUAUGAUCCCAGCCUUGCCACUGCCCCGACGAGUGAUCGAAUACCUGAGCACUCCUCACUAUUACGUGGAGCAGCAGCUGGAAGAGGAAAACUCGGGAAGCAGUGGAUCUGAUUUGCUGUCGUUCGUACCGCACCGACCUCUUUCCUGAGUGUGGAGGUUGCACGGAUUGUGAAGCAGAUUUGUCGUUGUUUUUUGGUCACGCGAUCGCACCAGCUUUUUCGUAAGUUUUUCGUGUAGCUCCAAGCUGUCAGCUUGUGCACAGUAUUCGGUAGGUUAUCGCAACAUUGUUUUCUUCUGAAGAAACGUGACUAAGGAGAUGUGAAGUGCGUGGUUACUAGCUGGUUAGUUUUUUUGCAACGAACAUGUUGGCCUACUUGGGACUUAUUUUUUAUUUACUUGUCAAGCGAAUCAAAAGGCUUAUCACCUUACUGAAUGGUACAAGAAAGAUUGUUUUGUGACAAUGAGUGGCUGAGGGUUUUCAGUAGCCAAACUUCCUUUUAGCAUUCGAACUCUUUGUUUGCCACUAUUUAUCUAGUCAGUACUCGUUAAAAGUUUCAAAUCAAAAGCUUCCAUCGUAGUAAUUCAUACAAUCCCUUUGUAUAGUUUAAGCGCAAUUGGAUUGGUUUGUCGAGUGAAUGAGAUAACGCUUUUUCUGAGAGAUUUUUGUAAAAAUCAUGAAUCAUGACUGAGUGAGAUGGUUUUCGCGAAUCUGUGCAAUUGCGGUCCUCGUAUCAUGAUGUACGUAUUAGAGCCGGAUCAGAGCAUAAGCUGAGAACUAAAACGAAACUAAUAGCGCUCUUGUGUACGCUAAUAAGAGUUUAUUUAUAGAUGGUCAGUUACUAAUGGGCUUGAAUACAGUUACACCGUAAACCAUGUUUAGCUUUUAAGAUGAAAUAUGAAUCAUAUUGAGAAUAAUCAUGUUUUGACCAAGGAAAUAUGUUUGUGAUAAAUAUAUACCGUGCAUAACCAUCAUUUCAUAAUAAGAUAUCUGUCGAUCUAUGUGUUUUCUCAAAUCUCGUCUGUGAGAAACGGUAACAAAGAAGUCGAAUGAGAAAAAAUUGAGAUCGAUUUGCAGCAGCGAAAUAAGUAGAGAGAGAGCUUCCUUAUUUUCCGAGUGCAUUAUUAUACCUCUUGUCAAUCGCAUUAGCCAAAAGUGGACAAGAAUACAAGCAUAUCACAGCUGAGUGCACACAUACGUUUUGCUUUUAACGACAGAGUUAAAAAAAUCAGAAUUUAGUCACUGACUGCCAAACACGAAAGGGGAGGAAAAUUCAGACGUUUUCAUUUAGAUGACGAUCGAGCCAAGCUCUGUUAGAUUCCAUGUUGCAAAACGCGAUGGUGAAAAAACAAAUAUUAAUUCUCUCAAAUGAUGGUGAGUGCGGUAUUAAAACUAAGAGCUUACAUGUAUUUUAAAUGUAUCCAGUUUAUGAAUCAUGCGUAUUUCUCAAUUAUAUUGCGUAUGGCGACUCGAUGAAUCCCUUCGUCUCUUCCCAUCCAUGCGAAUUAAUGCACACAAUUAAGUAAGAAAAUGAUUACACACACUAUCCGCCUUAAACCAAGCUGAGGCGCCCUUUCGGAAAUGUUGUCGUGGAUCGCAUUACAUACUACAGUGUUGUCACAAUAUUUCACCAAGCCUCGAGUGAAGACUGCUCCCGUGUUAUUGUAUUUAACGAUGUUGACAAAAGCUGAAAAAAUGCAGAAAAUUAUUCAGAUUUUUAGGUGUGAUAUUUGGGACGUGUUAGGGACUCUCCUCCGAAAGUGUGUCUAGUUGACGGGUUGUCUCCGUGGCCUUCGGGCCGCGCGGUCGGCAAACUCGCGCUCACACGAGCAUCACGGUCUUGUUUUAUACUAAUAGCGCCGCUCCAAAUUUGACUGAAUUUUCGAAAACAGAAAGUGCUGAUAUAUUUGGAUAUAUACUGCAGACUAUUCUCAUUCUCACUUUGCUUUGUGACACCUGACAAGAGUACACAGUCAUACUUUUGCUCUGCAGAAUGCGGAACUAAAUCCCAAAAACAGUGGAAACCGGCGCGCAUUUUGAGUAGCUGGAGCAACUUUGUAAAAUCGACAGAUUGGUAUGGUAACUUAGAGGCUUGUGUAAUGAACAAUUAAAUAACGUAAAACUAAAGCACACUGUUGUGUAUUAAGGCUGGCAGAAUGACACCGGUGAGAAUUAAUUCACGACUCUGCUGCUUUCGACUGUCAAAACCGUUUUUGCGUGUGUUAGCCAACUGAAAAUUUUUGAAAAUUCAAUACAAAAUAAAAUGUAAUAAUUGCAAUGCAGAUUUGGUCUUGGCAAAACAUGAGCACGACGAAAAUUUGAACAUUUUAAAGACAAACAAACACAAGUUCACUGAUCGAGGAAAAGUAACGUUCAAAAUGUAUUUUCCAAAAGUUUGUAAUGAAAUUUCAAUUGAUGUUCCAGGCCAAAUCGCCGAAAUUUAUGAGCAACCCAGCAUAAGCAUUGCUUAAAUAUAUCGUUAGCUUUUGUUGUUGUAGAAUAGGUAGAGUAAAAUUUGCUGAAGCUCUGACAAACACUACUAAAGGAUAAGGGAAUUUAAGUGAAAUUAAAUCACGCUCAGUUUAGCCGGCUGAAUCGAGUUCUUGUUUACAGAACUAAGUGCAAUAAUAAUUUUCUUUGCAUUGCUGGGGACUUCCCAGCAAUCGAAGAUCAGUGACAUAAUGUGAAUUUCAAGUCACAAAACUUCAAUGACGAUUAGGACAUGAUUCUAUUUUAACCAUCACAACCGCAUAUAUAUUAAAUAAUAUUCAUUUGCUAAAAUGUCUCCCGUAUCCAACGCAACACGGCCCUUAAUUUUCUGCACAGCUGCAUGGCAUGAAUUGUUAACUUUGACGCUUUCCUAUUUGUCAACGACUUUAUUCUUUUCGAAACAUAAAUAAUUAUAUGGUUGCCUUCUGUUCCUACACAAAGUUUAGUUUUAUUUUGGUUGAAUACUAUUAUCAUUUCUUACUAAAAUGUUAAUGUUUUUACAUCUCUUAUUGUUAAGAGUAGCUCUAACAUGGUAAUUAAGUCUUAAAGCAACAGUGCAAACAACUUUUGAUUUGACUGUACAAUUUGCAAUCCAAUAAAAUACUGUUGUUCAAAAGA